UUUAAAAUGGCCGAAGAAAGAAUGCCAACUGAUUUGCUUUUUGUGACAGUGACAUAUACAGUUGUCCUUUUUUGCGAUUGCAGAACCUUGGACGGAUAUGCCUUUCCGGUCUUUAUAACAGAGGUCUGUCCUAGAAACCUGACAGAUUGGCAGGAGAGAUCGUCCGCCCUCAACUGUAACAAGACUAAUGCCUACAUGUGUGUUCCGAAUGAAAACAUCACGGAACUCUUGGAGUUCUGUUACAGUCUGCCUCAAAUACGGAUUGUGAAAGGUUUAUGUAUGUUUUUAUACAAACAUCAUUCUAUUCUCGAUGCCUAUGAAUGCAGCCAUUUUACUGAAGGAUGUCCCGAUACUAAUUACCGAAGUCAGGACGUUCAUAUAUAUCAGAGUUGUGUGUCCAUUGCAAAUGGAUGUUUUCUUGCUGAUCCAACCUGUAACAGAACCACAACGGUAUACCCUUUAGCUAACAGUACAACCAUAACAGCGAACACCCAAACAUUAGACAGUGCACAUCAAGAAAGUGCUGACUGGGCGUGGAUGGUAACACUAUCAGGAGUAACAGCUAUUUUAUUCAUAGCUCUCUGCAUUCUUAGUCUUAGAAUUAUUAAAUUUGCAAGUAAAAAAGAAAUUUUUUUCAUCUUCAAUUGAUCUGCUUUCAAACAAAACACAAUAACGUUCUUGAGGAGGUUCAUGUCGAUAACGAUCGACCAGUUUCGACUAUGAGAGGAAGGAUUCCACAUCUAAAUUGUGCCAUCAGAGACCGUUCUUGUGUGGUUAUGUUCAUCGUUACGUAGGGUUCUAAUUGGACAUUUUAUUUAAACGUCACUUAUGUCCUUAGUUUAGGUAGAGUCCUUGUUUUCAAUUUCCAUUUGUCUUUAUAAUAUUUAUGUAGUUAUGAUUUCACUUCGUUUAUGUCACAAAUACAGAUAAAAUCAAAAUAGGAACAAGUAUCUAUUUAUAUUAAAUUUCUAUGGAGUGGUAUGUUUUGAAUCCCCAAACUCCGGAGAAUAAUAUUAAAUGGAUACUACACAAAAAUAAAAUAGUUUUUCCGGAUUUGCCAAAAACCUCUGCUGCUGUAUUGAACUCUAUCUUCUUGUGGAAAAUUACACCAAAAGAUAUCGAUACUGAUUAACGUACUGUAACUCUUCAUUUCCUAUUCUAAAAUUGAAUUUAAUUUGAGGAACGGUUCGUUUUCUAAAAUGCAUAAUAUUUGAUUUGUCACAAUUCACAUUGAACCUCCAUCGCAUACACCAAUCUGUAAGAAUAUCGAAAAUCUUUGCAUUUCAAGUUCAUUUUCACUAAAAAUGGCAAUGUCGUUAGCAAAAGGCCAAUUUUUCCGUGAUCAAUAGGAAUUCCGACAUUUAGUUGUGAAAUUUUAGAUACUGAAUCAUUGAUAAAUAGAGAAAAUAAGGUAGGAGAUAAGUUGUCUCAAUGGCGUAAACUAUUUGAAGAAAGACACCGAUUAGUACGGAUGACGUUUACACAUACACACGAGAAUGUUUCUGCAUAUAAACUGGAGAUGACAUUAUAUAUUGGACCAUUGAUUCCAAUAAGUUUAAGUUUGUACUGUAGAAGGUCUCUGUUUACAAGAUGAAACCAAAUGUAGACGCGAUUUUGAGUAAGGUUUGUGAGAGUAAAUAUAUGGUCUUCGCAUGAUCUAUCUCGCCGGAAACCAUUCUGUGCAUCAGAGAGUAUUUCAUUUUCUUCAAGGUAUUGUUGAACUCUAUUAUUCAAAACAGAACUAUAACAUUUUGCAACGACAGAUGCAGGCUGAUUCCUCUGUAAUUUAAAGGUAUUCAUGUGUCGAUUGUAGCACCUUUUAUGAAUUGGACGAAUAAAGGCUUUCCUGCCUAUGGUCGGAAUUUUUCCUGUUUCAAAACAAAACAUGAAUAGCACAUGUAGAACUUCAAUAACAGGAUUGUUUCUUAGGACUUCGUUGUAUAUAAGGCCAAUUCCAGGGCUCUUUACGUUUUUUAAUUGGAAAUUACUUUACGCACUUCUUCUAUGGGAAUUGUUUUGUAUAACGUAACAUUUGGUAUAAAUAACGGAUCCAUGGAAUUGUUUUCCAGAAUCUUCUGAUGAAGGAUACAUUGAUUAUAGAAAAUAUCGUCAAAGGUUUGAUUUGGAUUGAUAUACAAAUUCUUGAAAGCGGACUCCCAAUUCUGUAAAAUUUAUCUUCAUCGUAAAUAAUAUUUCCGUCAUCAUCUUCAUACUCCAUCGGAAUGUUAACAUUUCGUUUUGGUCCUAGUUUCUGCAGUUCCUUCUAGAAGGCACUUGUAUUCUCUGUGUUCAGUGUUUCAAUGUUUAAGGCUAAAUCGCGUCUGUUUUCUUCUCAUAAAAUCCAAAUGUCUCUGUGAAGCUAAAAAUUGUUUUCGUGCUACUUGUCUACCAGUUCGGCAUACAACUUUACAGAAAUGAUUUUUGGUUUUGUGCAACUUCUUUCAUACGUCUGAGAGUUCUUGAUUCCAGUAGAAUUUUGUGUAUUUCAAACGUUUUCGAGUAUUUAUGGAUGCAUCAUAGAAAGGUAUAUUCCAUUUCAGUAGUUACUACAUUGCAAAGAACACAUUAAGUUGUCGGUAUUUGCGUAAACUUGAACUUUUUUCUAUGAGAGUAAAUGAGAGUUUUUCUUUGUAUCUAUGUGAGUUUCCUCAUUCUCCUCCGGGUAUUCAAUUUUGCAUUUGUAGCCAAACAUCAAGAUAUCAUGACCUUGAAUACGACAUCUGGAUUAUGAAAGUUUUGCAAUUUCACUGAUUCUAUCACAUCACUGCAGGGUUUUAUUCUGAAGUUAUAACAAUUUCCCAGCUGAUCACGUGGAACACAAACGUAAUUGACAACGGCUUUUACUUUCACAGAGACGGAAGUAAAUUUGUUUGAAGCUUCACCAUAUCGCAUAUUUAAAACACAGAAUUUAGAGUCGAAUAAAAAUUCAGCAAAUGAUUGUUUAUGUAGAUUUUGUGUAUAAUCAGUUAUGUCCCUUGAUUUGAUGUUAUCAACAUCAGAAAUAUUGCAUUUGUUUCACUGUUGAGAUAAAGUUUUGAAAGCAAAUGCGAAAAAUGCAAGUGCAUAUCUACUCCAUGGUGGAUUUUCUGGUGGGAGAUAGCAAACAAAUGCAACACAUUGAAAAUCUGUGAAUUUGUCUGAAUUCCCAAUAUACCAUCAAUGC